AUGAGGAUUUCUGACGAUGAUGACAAAGCCUUGUGCUGUAAUGCUGAUAAAGAAGAAGAGGAAAAGAACGAAGUCAAGUCAACACUCUCUCCAUCACUGUCUAAUAGUUUUGUUGAGUCCUCCUUCCAAGAAGCAGAUGUCUGUAAUACAAAAAUCACCUUCACCGAAGACGAUCUCCUACUUGGUGAGACACCACACAAUCGCCCUUUGUUUAUAGUCGGUUAUGUGCUAGAGCAGAGGAUAAACAGAAUCUUGAUAGAUGACGUAUCUGCAGUUAACAUUCUUCCCAUUCACAUAAUGAAAGAACUCGGCAUCUCAACUGAAGACCUUUCUGAAAGCCGACUGAUGAUUCAAGGAUUCAAUCAAGGGGGACAAAGGGCCAUAGGAGCUAUCAAACUGGGAAUCGCCAUAGGAGAUAUGCAAUCAACCGCAUGGAUGCAUGUGAUUGACGCAAAGACUUCAUACAAUUUAUUGCUUAGCAGGCCGUGGAUACACGAGAACAAAGUUGUCCUAUCAACUUACUACCAAUGUUUGAAAUAUAAUAAAGAUGGAGUCGAAAAGAAGAUAGUUGCUGACGACAAGCCGUUCGCUGAAGCCGAGGCAUACUUCGCUGAUGCAAAGUUCUACUUGAAGAACCACAUCAUGAAUGGAGUAAAAGUUGAUGAAUCACGAAGGCCAAAGAAAGAUGAAGGAGAAUCAUCAAGCCUCCAAAAAGAUGCACUGAGAGAAUUAACCCUUCCUAUCAAGAAAAUAGCUCCUUUAUUUCGUUACGUCCCAAAAGUGAAGAAAGAUGAAGGAGAAUCAUCAAGCCUCCAAAAAGAUGCACUAAGAGAAUUAACCCUUCCUAUCAAGCAGAUUGAUACCAUAAAGUUAUCUUCAAAGCUACUGGAAAAUUUUGUGGCCCCUAACAUGCCUCAAAAUAAGGCACUCCCCACGAAACACACAAAUGAAGGUUUUGAUCCGAAUGCUUAUAGGUUGUUCGCAAAGGCUGGAUAUGAUCCCAAUGAACCAUCUAAGCUAGGGAAGCUCCCACCUGAAGCUACUAGGAAAGCAAACACGAUGAAGGAUAAGGAGCAUGUGGUGAAGCAAUCACGCGAGGGUCUAGGUUACAAACAACUCCCACCAGUUCGCAUCUCCAUUAGAAGAGCAAGUAUUAACUAUAUCACGAUGGAGGAUGAACCCGCUGAUCCUAAUAAAAGGCCUUCUAUCUUUGAUCGACUUGGAGAACCAACUACAAGAACUUCUGUAUUUGAGAGAAUGAGGCGACAAUCAGAACUUUUGAUUUUAUGUGGAGAGGUACUCAAAGUGAAGGCUCGCACAGUGGUCCACACUAGAGAGCGUGACGAAGAUGAAGAAAGUAUAGGAUCUUCAUAUCACAUUGCUGCAAAUGAGGAGCAACACACUUCAUCCCUAAGGAAAGUUGACGAAAAUUUGGGAGAUGCCUCUUGGUGUGGCCGUAUAUCUUUUAAUGAUGGUGAUCCUCAAGAAGACGAAGAUGUCGAGGACGCUCCUGCGGAACUAGAAGAAGGAAUUAAAAUGAAUGUUGAUGCAUUGAAAGAAGUCAGCCUUGGCACUGCAGAAGACUUCUGGCCCACCUAUAUGCCUGGUUUAGAUCCUAAAGUAGCAGUUCAUCAUCUCGCAGUCAAGAAAGGAGCUCGUCCUGUUAAGCAAGCCCAAAGACGCUUCAGGCUAGAAUUGAUCCCAUCAAUCAAAGCCGAGGUCAAUAAACUCAUCGAAGCUGGUUUCAUUCGGGAGGUUAAAUAUCCUACAUGGAUUUCAAGCAUUGUUCCUGUGAAGAAGAAGAAUGGCCGAAUUCGAGUUUGUGUCGAUUUUAGAGACCUCAAUAAUGCAUGCCCUAAGGACGAAUUUCCGCUCCCCAUUCUAGAGCUUAUGAUUGGUGCCACCACCAGAUACGAGGCGAUGUCUUUCAUGGAUGGAUCAUUUGGCUACAAUCAAAUACGUAUGGCACCAAAAGAUGAAGAGCUUACUGCAUUUCGCACUCCUAAGGGCAUUUAUUGCUACAAAGUAAUGCCUUUUGGCUUGAAGAAUGCUGGCGCCACAUAUCAAAGGGCAAUGCAGAAUAUCUUUGACGACAUCCUCCAUAAGAAUGUGGAAUGCUAUGUGGAUGAUUUAGUGGAGAAAUCAAGAAAGAGAGGAGACCACUUGCAAGACUUAAGAAUGGUGUUCGAACGACUCCGGAGAUAUCAACUUAGAAUGAACCCGUUGAAAUGUGCCUUUGGAGUUACUUCUGAAAAAUUCCUUGGCUUCAUUGUUCGAUAUCGAGGGAUUGAGAUAGAUCAAGCCAAAGUUGAUGCAAUCUUGAAGAUGCCCGAGCCCAAAAAUAUACAUGAACUGAAAAGUCUACAAGGAAAAUUGGUGUACCUUAGAAGAUUCAUCUCAAAUCUAGCAGGGAAGUGCCAACCUUUUAGCCGUCUCAUGAAGAAGGGCGUACCUUUUGAAUGGGACCAAGCUUAUAGCAAUGCAUUCCAAAGCAUCAAAUCCUACUUGAUGAAACCUCCAGUUCUGGCAGCCCCUAUACCAGGAAAGCCAUUGAUUCUAUAUAUUGCAGCCCAAGAAAGUUUUCGCAAUUCAAAAGUCAUCGAAGUGCAACCACCAUGGAAAAUGUAUUUUGAUGGUGCCGCACAUCGUGAAGGAGCUGGUGCAGGUGUUGUGUUUGUCACUUUUCAAGGGGAAGUCUUGCCAUAUUCCUUCACCUUAACACAACAUUGCACCAACAACGUUACAGAAUAUCAAGCACUCAUACUUGGGCUUGAGAUGGCCGUUGAUAUGAGACAACUCCAAUUACAUAUUUUUGGAGAUUCUGAGUUAGUGAUCAAUCAAUUGCUAGGUAGCUACGAGGUCAAAAAGCCAGAAUUGCGUCCUUAUUAUGAUUAUGCGCAGAAAUUAAUUGGAUGGCUUGGCAAUAACUCUUCAGCAUGUGCCAAGGAAGGAAAAUAA